UUUUUUUUUUUUGAUCAUUAUCUAACUUGAGCUAAUCCGAUACAUCAUGGGCAUUUGCACAUCAUCCGAAGAACGAGCCGGAAGACACAAAAGUCAAUGUAUCGACCGGAUGAUUGAAAAAGAUCAACAAAAAUUGAAACGAGAAUGUAAAAUCCUUUUACUAGGAAGUGGGGAAUCAGGCAAAUCAACUAUAGUUAAGCAGAUGAAAAUCCUUCAUCAGGAUGGAUAUACCAAACAAGAGUUGUUUUCUUGGCGAACCACUGUUUAUAAAAACCUGAUGGAAUCAGCAUUAGCUUUAGUUCAAGCUAUUGAGAAAUAUGAAUAUCAAUAUGAAGAUGAUAAGAACAAUUAUUACGCCAGUUACAUUGCCAAUUAUCAAUUGAGUGAACAUACAAAUCCACCUUUGGAUACAAACAUCAUUGACGCCAUUUCAAAUAUCUGGAAAGAUGGCAUGAUUACCCAACUACUAAAUAAGGAAGGGAGUGAAUUCUAUCUAAUGGAUUCGGCACCAUACUUUUUUAAUCAUGUCAAACGAAUUGGUCAUCCUGAUUAUAUCCCUAAUGUUCAAGAUGUUUUAAGAGCUCGAUCGAAAACAACCGGAAUCAUUGAAUCUCAUUUUAAUCUUGGCCAACUUCAUAUUCAUAUGUUUGAUGUAGGAGGACAACGAUCAGAAAGAAAAAAAUGGAUUCAUUGUUUUGAAGCCGUCACUUCUAUUAUUUUUUGUGUUUCAUUAAGUGAAUAUGAUCAAGUAUUAAGGGAAGAAUCUCGUCAGAAUAGAAUGAUGGAAAGUCUAGUAUUAUUUGAAUCAGUGAUCAACAGUAGAUGGUUCUUAAGAACAUCUAUCAUCUUAUUCUUAAACAAGAUUGAUAUCUUUAAAGAGAAACUUCCCAAAGUCCCAUUGGAAAAGUAUUUUCCUGAUUAUGGUGGUGGUAAUGAUAUCAGUAAAGCUGCUAAAUAUAUUCUAUGGCGAUUUAGUCAAACAAAUAGAGCCAAGCUUAGUAUUUAUCCUCAUCUUACUGAAGCUACUGAUACUGCCAAUAUCAAGAUUGUAUUUGCCACAAUCAGACGAACCAUCCUUAGCAAUGCAUUAAAAGACUCUGGUAUAUUGUAAUAUAUCAUUUAUACUAUUAUUACGAUUUUUAUUAUUACUAUUAUUACAACCCCCAUAUUACAUCAUUAUUACCCCCUUAACAUAUUUUCAUUCGAUCGGCAAUAUCCAUUUUUAGAUUAUCCCAUUGUCUCAUCUAUCUUGCAUCCGAUUUUAACUAUUGUAUAUUUCAUUAUCAUCAUCCAUCAAUAAAUAAUUUCUAUUACAAUAUAAAAGAUCAAAAUAGAUAAAUAG